CCAAGCCAGUUUUGAGGAAGACAGCCAGGAGCAACCAGCCGUGGGUCACUGGAAGCCACUGAUGCCAUCCAAAGGCAGCAGAGAGGAGCUGGAGAGUGGCUGUCAGGAUGCUGGAGGUGUGGGUGAGAGCCAGUCCCCAGAGCAGCUCAACGUGUCGCGCCUGCGCAGCUCCUCGGUGGAGAUCCGUGAGAAGGGCUCUGAGUUCCUGAAGGAAGAGCUCCACAAAGCCCAGAAGGAGCUGAAGCUGAAGGACAAAGAAUGUGAGAGGUUGUCCAAAGUCCGAGAGCAGCUGGAGCAGGAGCUGGAGGAGUUAACAGCCAGCCUCUUUGAGGAAGCCCACAAGAUGGUGAGAGAAGCAAACACCAAACAGGCGGCGGCCGAGAAGCAGCUGAGGGAGGCCCAGGGGAAG